UCGUCUUUGCCUUUGCGCGUACGCCGUGAGAGAGAGAGUGAGAGAGAGAGAAAGAGUCUCUCUUCUCUCGCGCUUAGGGCAUUGGCAUUCACUCUGGGCGCAUUCACUCCCAUUGAUUUCCUCGUGCCCUCUCUCCCUCUCUCCUUUUCUGCGCCCUUGCCCUUGAAUCGCGUCUCCAGCAGGGGCUAUGGCGGUAGCAGGAAGACCGGCGAGCGGCAGCUCGAUGGACUGGCUUGAUUCUCUCGAGCGAGCGUCAGCAAUCCAGUCUCUGGACCGGGCUGGAGAUUGUUAGGUGAGGAGCUGUUCGUGGGUCGCUCGGCUUUCCCCCCCUGCGGCAUUGAUUUGAGGAGACUACUAGGCUAUGGCGAAUGCGCGCUGCCAGAUCCAGGAAUUCCCGGCGCUAGGGUUCUUCGCGAGGCAGCGCACUGGCGAUGGGGUCUCGGGAUCAUCCGUGGUUUUCAGCGCCGUGGAAGCUCUGGCUAUGGCGGGCGGGGAGUGAUAGAGCAAGCCCUGGCUAUGGCGGAGUGGAGGAACUAGAACGCGGCUCAGGAUAGGAUUCGGGUGUCAUGGGGCAAGUGAGCUCGAUCAAGGCGGCGGCAGGGAAAUUGGAUAAGCGGCGCGGCGGCGGCGGCGGUGGCGGCGGUGGGCGGGGCGACAAGGCAAAGAUCUCCAUCCUGGCAUUCGAGGUGGCCAACGUCAUGUCCAAAUCGAUCGUGCUGUGGCAGUCGCUGAGCGACCAGGAGAUGAUCCGGCUGCGCGGCGAGGUGAUCCGGGCGGAGGGCGUGCUCAAGCUCGUCUCGGACAGCGAGGCGGCGCUGCUGGGGCUGGCGUGCCGCGAGAAGCUCCAGGACCUGGUGGCGCUGGCGGGAUCGGUGGCGCGGCUGGGCAAGCGGUGCCAGGAGGCUGCGCUGCAGGGAUUCGAGCACGUCUUCGCGGACAUCCUCCGCCAGGCCAUCGACGUGAGCGCGCUCGAGUUUAGCGCGCGGGAGAUGGAGGCCAAGGUGAAGAAGAUGGAGCGCUACAUCGCCAGCACCAGCAACCUCUACCAGGAGCUGGAGAUCCUGGCGGACCUGGAGCAGGCGGUACGGCGGAUCCACGAGGACGAUCCGGAGGCCUCGUCGCAGCAGCGGGACAACCUCAGCGCGCUCGAGCACAAGAUCUCGUGGCAGCGGCAGGAGAUCAAGUACCUGCGUGACAUGUCGCUGUGGAACCGCACGUAUGACAAGAUCGUCAUGCUGCUCGCCCGGACCAUCUGUACGAUCCAUGGCCGGAUCGUCAGCGUCUUCGGUCCCCCGGCCGCAUUGGAUCACGGGAACUGCAACAGCGGCUUCCUCGGCCUGGGCGAGUUCGCGAGGUUCGAUCGAUGCGGCCGGUUCUCACAGCAGCUCUCGGCGAAUCACUCGCAAGUUCUUUCCCAGCAGCAGCAGCAGCAGCAGCAGCAGCAGCAGCAGACGGUUUCCUCUGGAUCGUUUCUCCAGUUUUGUGGUGGCGGAGGUGGUGGUGGAGGAGGUGGCGGUGCCAAAGGUGGUGCUAAACCACAGACGUUCGUGGAAGCGUGCAAUGGCUCUGCUACGUCGCCUUGCAAUGGAUCGUCGCUGGGAGCUUCCACGUCGCCAUCGUCGGGGACGGAGACCUCGCAAGCAACGUCCCCGGUGGAGCAGUCGGCGGAGGUGACGCGGAGGACUUCCUCGGCGGAGGUGGCGGUGAUGGAUCCUUCCGCCAAGAACUCGUCGCUCGCGACCGAUGCUCCUCAAGAACACCCGGCAGCGAUACAAGAGGUGAGAUCCUUCGUUACCACCAACGGGUACCGGAACGGAUCGAGCAGGACCUUCCUGUCGCAGCCAUCGAGGCACCACGUUCCGAACGGGAGGCUGACGAGCAGCCGGCUCUUCUUCGAUCCGAAGUUCAUCCAGCAGACGGCGCCAUCGUCGACGCUGGGCGGCUCGGCGCUGGCGCUCCACUACGCAAACGUGAUAAUCAUUGUGGAGAAGAUGGUCAAGUUCCCGCAGCUGGUUGGCAACGACGCGCGCGACGAUCUCUACCGGAUGCUCCCCAAGAGCGUCCGGGUGGGACUCCGCACCAGGCUGAGGGCCUGCUUCAAGCCCAGCAAUGGCGGCGGCGGUGGCGAGGCGGCGGUGCUCCGGCUGGAAAACUCCACCGCGGCGGCGUGGCGGGAGAGCCUGGAGGAGAUUCUUGGGUGGCUGGCGCCGCUGGCGCACAACAUGAUCCGGUGGCAGUCGGAGCACAACUUCGAGCAGCAGGUUGUGUCGCGGACGAAUGUGCUGCUGCUCCAGACGCUCUUCUUCGCGGACCAGAUCAAGGCGGAGGCGUCCAUCGUGGAGCUCCUGGUGGGGCUCAACUAUCUGUGCUGGUACGAGAAGGAGAUGAAGGCGAGCAUCCCGGCGCUCGACUACGCGGCGGCGGCGGCGGCGAGCAAGGAUCUGGACGAGUAUCUGGAUUGGCAGUUUUAGCGCACUCUCUCGAGUUGGAGAUCUCUGCGUGAGACUGGCUUCUUCCCCGCGACCAAGGACGAGAGAGGAGGAGAACGGCGAAAUUGUACAUUGUUUGUAGCGAGUGCUCUCUAUCUUUAGUCAGCUCUAGUCAAUGGUGGCCGAGUCAAAGCACAAUAUCUAGCAACAGUGUAACCAGCUAUAGUCAACGGUGGCACAGUAUGUAGUCAAUGCUAGUCAAUAUUUAGCCAA